AGAAUUGGCCAUGCUUCCUGGCCCGGUAUAUAAGGGGGUGCGGCUGUGUUCGUUGCACAAAGUACGUCACAAUCUGUCCCGUGUAAGAUGUCUCAACGCUACGCACGCGCUCUUCUCUCUGGAGCAUCAGCUCUUAGAAAUGCCACAGCUUACCAGGUGAAGCGGCAGACACACCUGUGUGCCCAUAGUCGCAGUUUGACCCUGGCUGCCGCCGCCAGACACCAGCUGGCCAGGGCAGAGGCUCCUCAUCCAGGUAGUGGUGUGGUGGCUGCACUGACCGGCAGUGACGCACUGCAGGUCACUUUCUGUGACGGUCGCACCAGUGAGAUCCCCUAUGCCUGGCUACGAGACAAUUGCCAGUGCCACAAAUGUGCCUCCUGCAGGGGCCUCGCUACACAUGUCAACGAGUUUCAGGUCGUCGCCCUCCCAGAUAUUAUCCAGAGCAAUGUGUUUGGCGUGGUGGUAGACUGGAAUGAUGGACAUAUCAGCAAGUACCCAGGGAAGUGGCUGCACCAGGUGGCCCACACUUUCAGCACUCGCUGAGUGAAUUAAAUGGUCCAGCACUGGGGAUCCUGUGGACAUAGGUGCCGCCACCCACUGCUGAUUGCUGCUCAUUUGCCUUCUUACGCCGACUUCGAAGGUCAUUGGAGGUCAUCUGUGCUGAAGAGAGGAUCAUCUACCUGAUGUAGACAGCUUGGAGGUCCUUCCCCAUGGAGCUCCAGCAACCAUUCUUUUGCACGCUUGUGGAGGAAACUUCACUUAAGUUUCUGUCUCUUAUGAUUGCCGUUUGAAUUUCAUCUGGAGAAAAGUUAAGUCUUACUCCUUGGAUAUAGGAUUUUUAGUGGUACCAAACGUGUGCGUUUUUGUACUAUUAUCUUACGUUAAGAGAAUUCACUGGAAGUGAAAGGUUCAGUACUAAAUAUCGCUUGGUGCCAUGAGUAACACUGCAUUUCAUGCCAAGGUAAGACUCUGCGGCUGGGGUACCCCAGGGAGUGUCCUGGGACCCUUGCUUAUUCCUCACGGCUUUUUAAGAUCUUGUAGGCCGUGGCUGAGUUACCGGCAGCACAAGAGCACUGGUCUGGUUCCCGGUCUUUAAGUUGAAAGACCGGACCUUGUCAAAUGUCCUGGACAGGCAUUUGCUUUGUUACAAUUUAAGUUAUUUGUUUUGCAAAUUAUUUUUGUAUAUUCAAUUUUUUUCAUAAAAAAAAAUAUAACCUUA